AUGGAGCCCGGGGGCAGCGGCGAGGGCAGCGAGGGGCCGGGGGCCAGGAUGGAGUUCCGGCCGGGGGCCUGCCAGUACGCCCAUGUGCAGCUGCAGGGGGGCGCGCCCUGGGGCUUCACUCUCAAAGGGGGGCUCGAGCACGGCGAGCCGCUGCUGGUGUCCAAGAUUGAAGAUGGAGGCAAGGCUGCCCUGUCCCGGAAGAUGAGAAUCGGGGAUGAGCUGGUGAACAUCAAUGGUACCCCACUCUACGGCUCCCGACAAGAAGCCCUCAUCCUCAUAAAGGGCUCCUUCCGGAUCCUGAAGAUGAUUGUCAGGAGGAGAACCACCUCCCUGGCCAGGCCGCAUUCAUGGCACAUGGCCAAACUGCUGGAGGGGCGCCCCGAGACGGCCACCACCCCCAUGAACUUCUCUGAAGACCCCUUCAGCUUAUCCUGGCACUCAGGCUGCGACUCCAGUGACUCGUGCAUGCAGUGGUGCCCGCUGUCCCGCCACGGCAGCACCGAGAAGAGCAGCUCCAUUGGCAGCAUGGAGAGCCUGGAACAGCCCAGCCAAGUGGGCCCCGAGGGCCACAUCUCCCCUGUGGAACAGAGCGCAUACCAGAGCCAGCGGGAUUCAGCCUACAGCUCCUUCUCCGCAGGCUCCAGCGCGUCAGACUAUGCCCUGCCCCUGCGGCCGGAGGAGACGGCAGCCUCGGACUGCAGCCUGCCGGCCCUCGGGCCCCCCAAGGCUCCUAAUGGCCUCUGCUUCCACACGGGGCCCGAUGGGGUGGAAGUCUUUGGGGCAGCGGGACACCAGACUCCCAGGUCCCAGCCUUCGCCUGGCCCCCAGGAGGGUUCUCUCCCUCUUCCUGCCCAGCUCCCUGUGGCUCCUGCAGGUCCCCCCCAGCCUCCAGUAAGGCGGGACAGUCUCAGGGCCUCCAAGGCCCAGUUCCACCAGACAGAGAAGCGGAGGGCCUCAGUCCCUGGUGCUGCCUUGUACCUGAAGGAGAGAUGGAACCCCGAGGCCCUGCUCCCCACAGAGCUCCCCGCUGGGCCCUGCUGCCCCUGUAGCCAGCUCCUAGAGCCGCUCGAGGACCACUGGAAGGGGUGUCUGUCUGCUGAGCAGUACUGUGUGGUGAGCUGCCCGUCCGAGCCGGGCCACAGUGACCCCAGGCUGCUGCCAAGGACGGGGUGGUCCAGCCCGGCCCACGUCAUGGAAGAGCCCCCAUUAUCCAGCAGCCCCGGUGGGGAAACCGAAGAGGAGGAGAUGGCCACCGCCACCUUGACCGCCAUCCCUGCCCGCCUGACGGGAUUGGGUGGCCACCGUCACAGUGCCCCUGAGCAGCUGCUGGCCUCUCAGAUCCGGUCACUGCGCCUCGAUGCCGAGAGGGAUGGGGAGAGUGAGGAGGCUGAGCUGCAGGCCAGGCAGGAGGGGCAUCGCUGGACCCUCUCCCCCCUCCACAGUGCCCACCUGGGACAGCAAGGCCCAGUGGCUGGAGCCCAGACUAAGCCUAGUGAAAAGAGGCCCCUAGAGCAGGUGAGUGGCCAACCUUCGGGCAUAGAGAGCGCGGCCCCCAGCAGCCCCGUGCCUGGGGGAACCUCCGACCAAGCAGUUGCCCCCCAGUUCCCUGGCCCGGAGGCUGCUCCUCAGCUGGCUGGCUCCAGAGAGGGCUCGGAGGUCAAGAACAGCCGUCCAGGAGAUGCUCGCAGGAGCCACGGGCCGCGCUACCGCUCCGCCCAGCCCCGGCGCAGAAGUGAACGCUUUGCCACCAGCCUGCGCAAUGAGAUCCAGAGGAGGAAGGCCCAGCUGCAGAAGAUCAAAGGCGACCCAGAAGAGCCAGAGCCUGUGCAGGAGCUAGAGGAGCCUCCACUUCCUGAGACUCCCCAAGCCACCCCUGUGACUCCACCAUCUCCACAGCCUCCAGCUCCUGCAGCCUCCCAGCCCGCCCCCCCUCCUGUGGCCUCCCCGCCAGCCCCGCCUCCUGUGGCCUCCCCGCCCCUCCCUGCCCCUCCUCAGAUACCCGCAGUGCCGGCUCACCGCAGACUGCCCAGCCCAGGGGAGCGUUUCUCCAGCCAGCCCCGGCCUAAUGGCAACUUGCUGAGGGCCAGAUCCUCAGAGUGCUUAAGCCAGGCCACAGAGAGCCGGGAGCUGAGGAUGGCACUGGAGCGCCCCGGCAGCCCCGGCCAGAGGCCCUGGCAGCCCACAUCUGGACUCCACCCCUGGUGCAAAGCCCCCGGGCACGGGCCCCCCAAGCCCAGGCCCCAAGCCGGCGUCCGGGGAGGCCGUUGGCGAUGGUCUCCCGAACGAAAACUGCAGCCUCAGCUGCCACCAAUCCCCAGUGGGGUUUUGAACCCAAGCGAGGAGCCAGGAGGCGCUUCUGGGGAGGAGGGUGUCUUCAUGCCCUUUGCAGAUAGGAAGAAGUUUUUUGAAGACACCAGCAAGCUGUUGCCACCCCCAACUUCAGCUCUUGGACACAGUAAACCCUUUGCCCUGAGGCCCAAACCGCUGGAACCUCCUAGCUUCCAGCCAGUGGCUGCGGGCUGCAGGGACCUGCGACGCCAUUCGGUGGACCAAGCUUACCGCCCCUCGUCCUCCCUGCCCGUGGAGCCGGCCGCCUACCCGGAAUGCUUUAUGAGCAAAGACUUGGAGCAGCCGGUGUGCUGCCAGCCACUGGCGCACUGUGGAGAGUUCGAGUGCCUCCGGGCCUGCUCGUACCCGUGCAGUGUUCAGGGAGCUGUGGGCCACGAUGCCUGCAGCUACUGUCCGGGCCUGCUGAAGAGAAGCGUGCUCGGUGGCCACCGGAACCACCACUGCCACCAGCAAUGGGCCCGCUGUGCAGCUUGUUGCCACCCUGGGCCCCAGCACAAGGUCGGAGAAGAGGGCAGCCCUCCCUGGAAGGCCAGGAAUCCCUUGCUGAAGGAAGUUUCUCCAGAUGAAUGGGAAUCGGCCAAGAUCGCCAGGAAGGCCGGCCAGUCUGUGAGGGACCGACCUCAUUAUAAAAUCGGCUGCACACGCUCUUGUUUUGAGAACCCCGGGCGCGAGUGGUCAGCGUGCUACCGAGUAGCCUCCUCCCUGGACCUCCUGUGUGACUACGAUCACUCGGUGGGGACCCUGAUGGGCAGCGCCGUCUACGAGCCGCCAUUGCCCCGUCCGCUUCGGGGUCGGGCCUUCUCGGAGAGUCACAUCAACUUGGACCCCCCGAGCACACGGGCUAGAGAGAGGAGAGAGCUCCUGGCCAAGGUGGAUGAGACCCGGCCGGACCCCCUUGGAGCCAGAAAGAAAGCCCCGCCCCCCCCUCGGCCCCCACCUCCCAACUGGGCCAAGUACAGGGGCCACCGGCUAUCUCAGCACUCCCAGUACGCCAGCUUAGAGACCACCGGCGGCCGGCGGUCUGACACGGUCUUGGAGCAGCCUCGUCCCCAGGGGGGCCCGGCGGAGGUAGUGAGGAAGCGGUCCCAGAGCCUCCCUCCAGAGCCCCUGCCCAAAGACUUCCCCCCACCAUCCACGGGUGACAGGCCUGGGCCAGAACAGCCUGCUCCUCAGUACUACCACCCUGGCGGGGUGUGGAGAAUGCCGGAGCAGUUGGGCCUCAAGCCGGACCCCGCAACAGCAGCCAGAUCGGAAGCACUGGUAGAAGACCAGCCCAAAGCCAAAGAGAACUGGAGCCAGACCUGUUCUCCCCCCGAGGAGCAGUACCGCCUGGUCAACUGGAGCCCGGAGCAGCAACGGCUCAGCCCUGCCGGCCUCGCCACAGAGGAAUCCGGGCCUGUUCAAGACAUCACGGAGGUUGAAACUUGCCGCUUGGUCUCGACACGGAGGUCGGCCUCGGCCCACGUCAACUCGGAGGAGUUAAUGAGAGACGUGGCUGACAGGGACCGGUCACUGGCUGGCAUCCUCAACUCGACCUCCAACAUGGUGACGGCUGCAGAGGUCAUGGGCGACCUCUUCCCCGCCAAUGAGCUGCCUUGGAAAAAACAUGGCUGCCAGAAUUGGCAUUUGGUCAGAAGGAGACAGGAGGUAGCCAAGGAAAGGCAGGAGUUCCAACCCAUUUCCCCCCCGCCACCACCCGGCAGCUUUAGCAGCCCCACCAGCCUCCCCAGCCUCACCAACCCCAGCGGCCUCAUCAGCCCCACCAGCCCCACCAGCUCCACUUCCUACUCCACCUACUACAACACCUCAGCUGCCAAAGCGGAAUUGUUGAACAAGAUGAAGGACCUGUCCCAGUUGGCCAAGGACUCCCUGGGAGAGGCUGAAGUGGACCAGGAGCUGGCUCAGAAGAAGCUGCAGCUCAUCGCCAGCAUCAGCAAGAAGCUGUCCGUGCUGAAGGAGGCCCAGCGUGGGCUGAUGGAGGACAUCAGUGCCAACGUGGCCCUGGGGGAGGAGGUGGAGGCCGUGCUGAAGGCCGUCUGCAAGGCCAACGAGUUCGACAAGUUUCGGCUGUUCAUUGGUGACCUGGACAAGGUGGUCAACCUGCUGCUCUCCCUUUCUGGCCGGCUGGCCAGGGUGGAGAAUGCCCUCAACAGCCUGGACCCUGGAUCCACUCAGGAGAAGCUUGUACUGAUGGAGAAGAAACGCCAGCUGACAGAGCAGCUAGAAGAUGCGAAGGAGCUGAAAGAGCACGUGGACCGGCGGGAGAAAGCCGUGUAUGGCACAGUGUCCCGCUACCUGCUCCAGGAGCAGCUCCAGGACUACCGUCACUUUGUGAAGAUGAAGUCGGCCCUCAUCAUGGAGCAGCGGCAGCUGGAGGAGAAGAUCAAGCUCGGGGAGGAACAGCUCAAAUGUCUUCGCGAGAGCCUCCUGCUGGGCCCCCAAGAUUUCUGAGGCUCCUUGUGUGAGCUGGCGGGAAGGAGGAAAAUGGGCCCGGAGCCGCUCAGAGUCUCAGAGUUGGCCACAAGCCCGUCCUCCCUCCCUCCCUCUGCCCAUCCCUUCCUCCAUCAACUCUCCUCAUGCUAACGCCCCAGCCCCAAAAAGUGCCUUCUGUUGCUAAGAGCCCAAAGAACCCCCUGCCCCCACCCCCUUCCCAGCUCCAGAACCCGCUUGCAGAUACUUCUAGGUGGCUUGCCUGUGCCCAUGGCCUCUUCAGGCCCGGCACUCCAUGCAGAACCCGGACCCAAGUCUACUGGCUCUCUCUGCUAUUUUCCUCUCUGUUCAGGGGGUCCUUCAGCCCACCUGGCAACCCUCGAGAGAAACUCCAAGGCAGAGAGGGGUGGUUCGCCAUUUCUAUCAGGCAGCCAAACCACGGGUAGCUUUCCCUCUGAGCUUUGCCAGCGAGAGCCACGGUCAGUCCCUAAGUGCCAUCCCCGGUGGCGACAGCAGUCCCUGCCCACCCGCUUCCACCCUCACAGCAGACGGCUACCUCGGCGGAGAAGCCGGCUGUCGCUUCCCAGGUCCGUGAAAGCCUAAGCCGCCCCCCUUUGGGAGAGAAGGGCCUGUCCUCCAUUUGUUGUAUGUUAGCGUUGUUUUUUCCAUUUUAUUUAUUUAUGCUCCAAAACCCCAAGGAAGUGGGCAUUUGAAGAGGGGGUCAAAGUCUGCUGUAAGAGAAGUCUUGGUGGGCAGUCCCCGAGGCCCCCGGUGGCACUGCCACGCUAAUGAGAAGGACCAGCCGUCUCCUAGGCCAUGGCCACAGCCCAUCCAGCCUGCCCGUGGGGCUCAUAUUUCAGGUUGAUUUUCUCCUCAGCUAACAACCAUCUGUACCCACACUUCUGGGCCCCCAAUCUGGAAAACGGUGUUUUCUCCCUCAUUGUAGUUGAUACGCUGACUGGCACCUCCCCUCCCACUAGAUAUCGAAGGUCCAUCUCUUCACAGAACUGCCCAAGGGAGAUGGAGGCACCUGGCCUACUCCAGCCAGAAACAGUUCCAUCUCCACUUCCAUUUUGGCACCUCUUCUUUCUGCCCAUGGGUGCAGCAGCAAGGGACUCCCAAUCGGGGGGCCCACGUCUCUCGGCCUUGGCUUACCUCCGGCUACGUGGACCAAUGGGGGUUUUCUUCCAAGGGAGGACCGUGCUUCUCUAGGAGGGUCCCGACAGAGGCUGGGAUCCAGUAGGUGCCGGUGUGAAGAAAGUAAGGUGGACUGCCAGUGGGGCUCAGCCCUGAAGAUUUCCGAGGCGGGCGAUUGAGCCCGGCUCUCUCUCACCCAUCAGAAGCCGGAGGCCGGCGGUGGGCUCCGGUGUCCUCCCCGGGAGGUCACAAAGGACUUUGCUCAGGCUCUUGCUGAUGGGGCCUGACAGCUGCUGCCCUCCGGUUUACUAUCUUUGAAAGCAAGGGGAGGAAUUCAGCCAACCGGACCCGACGUGGGCGUAGUCUUUCUGGGGUGGCCGGGACAGCUUUCAGAGACGACCCCCCCAGCCCAGCCCAGGCAGCCACAUUCUCCCUUAUCCCCUGGGCCUUUUGUGCCGUAGCAAGGGCUAAGGGGCAGCAGCUUGCCAAGAAGGACCAGGAUCUCGCUUAAGACAAAGUGAAGGCCGCUGGGUGGGCGUGUUAAAUAUAUACUAGUCUGAGUGGCAGGACGGAUGUCUGGUUUCUUUAAUGGGCUCUGGGGAUGAGUGAAGGCCUUCCAAGACAUCACAAUAAUAAGCGCUGGCACUCAGGGAGAGCCCCGUGGGCACCAAGAUUUCUCAUGGAGCUGUGAGCUGGCCCCCUCCUAAGUGAAACCUCACAGUUUGUAUAGGGUGAAAGGUCAAACCCCCUCUUCUGCCCCCUCAUGACUCCCCAAGGGGGGCAGAGAAAGGGCAAAUGCUAUCCUCGGUGCCCCAGACAGGCCUGUCUUCCCCUGCCCUCCAGGGUCAGAGCCAGAGCCCCAAAGCGCGGGCCCUCCUGCCAGACACAAUUCAGCGGGGCCAGCCGAGAAGAGGUGGAUUCACCUCCCACCUCCCAAAUCCACACUUGCUUACACACGCACUGGAGAUCGGACCCAGUUGGGAACUGCAUUGUUGGGUGCCUCUACACCCACAGAGUCACAGUAGAUGGGUGGUUGUUCAAGAGGGAGCUGCAUUAAGCCCAGAAGGAGAGAAGUCCCGCUCAGGGAGGCCCCAGCAGUAAAUACCCAAGGAGAGCUCCGGGGCGGGGGAGGGCCUGGAGGAAGAUCCUGGGAGCAGUGGUCACUUCACAGCAAUAGGGAGAGAGCCCUCGUUUCUUUUCCUGCUCUUUAGAAUCUCCUGGUCUGCUUCUGUACCCAGCCCUCAGCCUUACCUUGUACCCCUGGGCCCACAGAGAAGCCCCCCGCAUUAAAAGGUGCUAAGAAUGAA